CCUCCCCAGUGAGUCCCAAUGACAAGCAGGUCUGGGCCUGAUGCUAGGUGCUGGGCUCCAGGGCUUUGCUGGGGGACUCCCAGAGUGAGGCAGAGAGGAAGCCAGACACCAUGAGCUCAGUCCCCAGCCACCAGUGGCUGGACCAUGUCUUCAGCGUGGUGCAGAGCGAGUUGGAAAUGGGCCCCGAGAAAGAGGAUGCCUCGGAGAGGGAGAUCAGGGUGGUGCUGGAAGAGAAAGAGCUGUGGAUGAACUUUAAGGAGCUCACCAAUGAGAUGAUAGUCACCAAAACUGGCCGGAGAAUGUUCCCAGUGCUGAAGGUCAGCAUCUCGGGCCUGGACCCCAAUUCCAUGUACUCUCUCCUCCUGGACUUUGUGGCUGCAGAUGGGAACCGCUGGAAGUAUGUCAAUGGGGAGUGGAUUCCUGGCGGCAAGCCUGAGCCCCAGAGCCCCAGCUGCGUCUACAUCCAUCCCAAAUCCCCCAAUUUUGGGGCUCACUGGAUGAAAGCCGCCGUCACCUUCAGCAAAGUCAAGCUCUCCAACAAGAUGAAUGGAGGGGGGCAGAUCAUGCUGAACUCCCUCCACAAGUACGAGCCCCGCGUCCACAUCGUGAAGGUCGGGGGGCCUCAGAAAGCGAUCAGCAGCUUUGCUUUCCCGGAGACCCAGUUUAUUGCCGUCACCGCCUAUCAGAACGAGGAGAUCACUGCCUUGAAAAUUAAACACAAUCCCUUUGCAAAAGCCUUUCUGGAUGCCAAGGAGAGGUGCGAGUCCAAAGACAUUCUCGACCCCAGCAAUGAAGCUCAUCAGGCUGGCUAUUCACAGCUUGGGGGCUGGUUUCUGCCAGGCACCAGCUCUUUCUGUUCCUCUCCUGCCCAGUCUUCGUUCUCAGGCAGUCCUGGCCUCUCAUCUGGCCACAGCUCAUACUGCGAGACACACUCCGGCCUGCAGAACCAGAGGGCCUCACCUUAUCCGAGCCCAUACAGCCAGAUCAACGCCUCACCAAAUAAUUAUGUAGAUAACUCCACUGGCCUCUCCCUGGUGCCUGCCCCUGACAGCUGGCCUGGCCUGAGUCUCUCCAGCUCUAUGGGGGUUCUACCCAGCACUGCCUCCCCCUCAAGUCAAUAUUCCAGCCUGUGGUCCCUCACCAGCAACUCUAUCAGUCCUGCUACUCAGUCCAGCUCCAACCCCCAGUUCCCGAGAGGCUCUUCGGUCUCUUACAGCAGCUUGGCCUCUGCUAUCCCAGCCCCCUCCACAUCCCCAGUCUACGACAAUGCCCUGGCAGAAGUGCCCUCGAGUGAUGGUCAGUAUGACGCUGCUAUUCCCCGUCUGGCAUCCACUUGGGCAACAGUCACUCAGACUUACUGAUGCCGAGAAGCUGCCCUCGUUCAUCUUCAAAGAUAACUGGAAAGACGCCGGCAGAGGGCAAGGAAAGGGGCACUGAACAAUGGUGCGAACCUCUCUGCUCUCUCAGCACGUAGCUGAUUGCAUAGUCCUACAAGAUGAGAACACGUCUCACAACCUCCAUCACUGUUUAAAGGCUGUGGGAUAAUAUGGAAGACGGACUCUUAUAGAGCAAGCAGAGGAUGAUACGGGUGGUAAUCUGUGCUCCGCAGCACCAGGGCAUAUCUCCAAGGAGAGAAUUGGCUUUACCCCCAUAGUUUGGAAAGCGAAGAAGAAAGAUGCAACCUGUCUGACUCUCAGGAUGGUGGAGCAAAUGAGGGCUGUCUUGUAGAGCGCACGUCCCAGCAUAGCAUGGUGGCUGGCUGGACCUUGUUAUCAGUUGCACACAGGAGACCCAAACAAGGGCAAUAAGAGCUGCAAACACGUGUGGGCCACGAUCUUGAAAAGCUGUGUAUUAUUUACAGAGCUUCAUUGUAAAUAAACCUUUCU